CAGUUAGAAGAAGCUGUUCGGCAGCACAACAGGCGUCACUCUGCAGCCGCUCCCUGUUUCGUUCACAGCAGAGCCCUCAAACUGCUUCUCCUCUACUUGCAGACACACAAACUAACAGUACAGGACAGCAGGCGGUUGAGGACUUGCUCGGAAACACCAGAAUGGACUCUCCAGAUGAUGGAGUUGCAGCGAUGAGGAGAGGAAGCUGUGAUGAUGCUGCGGCGUCUCUACGUCCUGUGAGUAUUGAUCUGCCCAUCCAAAGGCAAAGGUGAAAAAGAUCCUGUUGGUGAUGAACACUGCGUGUGACUCAGUGCGAAACACUGCUUAUUUAAGUUUUUGCAGACUCAUUAAUCUGACAAUUACAUCAACAUGUUGUUCAUCAGCUUCUGUGUGUAUGAGAGAGAGGUUUUGAAGGCUGUAACCUGAGGUGGAUUGGUAGAUGGUAGUGAGGUCUUGCGAGGGUUAUUGGUGGGUCCAAACCUAAAAAAAUCUUGUUUUAAUCUUGUUUUAAUAUAAAGAAAAUGCUUGUUGCUAGCUAAACACAUAAGAUUUCCGCAUGUCAAAGGAUUAUUUUAGCACCUUAUGUCCAGGAUAAUUAAAAUGAUGAUGGGAUGGGAAAAGUUAGCUGUUGGGGAGCAAAUAUUAGCUUUGUUAGCAAGUGACUGUAGUUAUCUUAGGCACUUGCAAACAAAAUACUGCAUAGCUCUGUGAUGUGUCCACAUUCCACUAUUCCACUAUAAGUUGCACACUGUCAAAGUGCGCAUAACUUAGUGAAAUAUAGUUAUGUAAGUAUGUUGAAUGUCACCCUGGUCGUUCGUGUUCUGGUCACGGUCCAUCAUGAGUCAGUCUUUGUGUGCCAACAUGGAACGGGCUGCAGAGAGAGAGGCCAGAAAGAGAUGCUUUGUCAAGUCCUCCUGCUUUUGUUUGUUUUGUUUUUCUCUUUUUCUCUUUCUCUUCAGUUCUGAUUAAUCCAAUUUCUCAGUUUGUCCAGCAAUUAGAGCACAAGAGCAGCCUCAAAAAGAUGUAAAAUCUGCUUGUGUUCUUUCACCCAAAUUAACCAAACAGCAUGUGAUUUCUUCUUUGGACAAAAUGACUGGAUAUUUGGAUUCUGCUGGCAGUGCUGCUUUACUCAACCGACCACCAACUCUGAGGGUUUCAUCAUCCAUUACUGGGUCAAGUUGGAAAAGUCGACUUUCUUUAGGGAGGUUCUUAAAGUUACCCUUCAGUGAGGCAAUUUCAGCUUUAAACAUGUGUCUUUGUACGUAUCGAAUGAUUGACUUUUUUUGCAGUAUGAAAGCCUUGUUGUUGAUGCAGACACACAUUCAGGAAAUCCAACGGAAACAAUUUCUGAAGCAAUCUGUUUUGGUAAAUGAAGUUUGCUGAAGCAUGCAUCUCUUCUUCUGUGCAGCUUUCUGACUUCUAAGAAUUCAUAAUUUGUUUAUGUCUGUAAUGCACAUGCGUGUUCAGUUUCAACCAGUGGGGUUUCUGCACUUUGGUCCCAGGGGGCAGUAAUGAGCCCAUCACUGCUGGAUGCUCCACAAUGAGACGGAAAAGACGACAAGAAAAUGUAUACGGGAAAGCGACACGAAGCACCUCAGACACUUGGCUCAGAGACGACGCUCGGCCCCGUCACUGGUCUUUGGGAAGGCGUUAGGGAUGCCAUGGUCUCCUAUCAGAGAGGAGGCUUCCUGUUGGGUCUCAGUGGAGCAGAGUCCGUUCGUCCUCGGCCUCACGAGUGAGAACGAAGAGCUGCUGCUGGAUGAGUGUGUUCAGGUCACGGACGGCUCGAAGACCAAGGAGAGACACCUGUUCCUCUUCAGCGAUGUCAUUGUCUUCGCUAAACUCAAGUCGACUAGCAGCUACCGCCUGAAGCACAGAGUGAGCCUCGAGGACGUUUGGCUCUACGGGUUUGAAGAUGAAGCGGAGGAAGAGGAGGGAACAACAGGGGACAUUGACCUCAGGGUGACACUCGUCUUGGCCUGGGAUCUCACUGUUUGUUUGGUGUGUUUUUGCUCGCCUGAGGUUAAAGAACGCUGGUUAGAUAUUCUUCACAGAAAAAUUAAAGACGCAAAAGCGAGAGCUGGUUGUGCUUCUUCCCCACCAGACGUCCUCAUGAAGGUUUUGGGUGGCAGCAUCACAACUAAAACUCUAAUAGGAGGUAGCAUGGAGCAAUUCAUCGACUGUCCAAUUGAUGGCAAUGCAAAGAUCUGCGCAGUGUCAAAGCAGUUGAAUAACCAGGAGGACAAACAUCCCAUUGAAACCAAGUGGAACCUGGUGAAGAGGCUCAGAAAGGGCUCUAGUUUCAUCAACAAAGCACGCCGAGCAGAUACCACGACUCAGCUGUUUGGACAGCCCCUCCGUAAAAUAUGCCCAGAUGAAUGUUCACUUCCCAAACCAGUCACAGAGGUGCUGGUGUUGCUGAGGAAGAGAGGACCGUCCACAGAGGGAGUCUUUCGGAAACCUUGCAAUAACAGGAACAUGAAGGACAUCAGAGAGCAGCUGAACAGCGGCCUGGAGGUGGACAUGGAGGUCCAGCCAGUCGUUCUGCUUGUCGGGCUGCUUAAAAGUUUUCUGAAGGAACUUCCUGGCAGCCUGCUGGUGUCUGAACUCUAUGACAAGUGGAUGGCAGCUCUGGACACUGAAGACACCCAGCAGAGGGCUCUGGAAAUCAAGAACGUGGUGGAUGACCUCCCAGGACUCAACAAACUCCUCCUGCAGCAUCUAGUCUGCGUCCUGCAUCACAUCCUCAAAAACGCUGACAGCAACAAGAUGGAUGCCUACAACCUGGCGGUGUGCAUCGCCCCCACACUGCUGCAGCUGGACUGCACCCCGCUGGAUGAGCAGAAGGAAAAGAUGAAGAAGGUCACAGAGCUAACUCAGUUCCUGAUUGAGCAUUAUGAGAUACUUGGAGAGAAUACCCUAAAUCUGCUGGAUACUGAUGAAGACUCACUGUCCUCCCAGCAUCACGACUCUGCGUAUGACAGCACCGACCCAGAUGGAGAUGGAGAGGCAGGAGAGACUAGAUCAUAUUCCUCUCUCAGACCCAGCUUCACCGCCUCCUCUUGGCCAGCUGAUGCCAUCUGCAACACAAAGCCAGCGUUCAACCGUCGCUGCUCCGAGCCCAUCAUCCUCCACUCAGCUGACCUCGAGAGCCUGUGCAGUCACUCCAGGAGCCAUGACGAUUGCUCAGUGGAGAGGAGAGACUUUGAGGAGCAGCCUCUGAAAAAGCAGAUCUCAGACGACUCCUUCUUGCUCAAAGGACGAGGUGGAGCGAGACAAGUGUCGUCUUUUCCAAAACUGAGCAGGAACUCCGACAUGGAUCCUCUGCCCUACAUGGAAGGUAACUGCUCGUGCUCUUCCCUUGAGAGUGCUGCCUCAAAUCAAUCUGAAGGCUCCGUUUUCACCAGUUCCCCUGUGGGGUCGCCAUCCUGCCCCAGGAAAGCAAACACAUCCAACCAGCCUUCAGUGGCUGGAAAAGUUCAGCAGGACAUUGCCAGGCCGAAUUCAGAGGAGAAGAGGCAUUCACAGUCCAUGAGAGUUGCCAGUAGAGUCCUAAUAAGGACCAGGAGCUUAGGGGCCUUCAGCAGAAACAGCUUGAAGAAAGACUCUCAGAAGGAAAACCCCUUCCCUUGUGAAACUCUCCAGGAGGACUCUCAGAGUGAAGCAGAUCCACCAGCUGAGUUUCUGCGUAAACCACGCCCUCUGUCGGCCAUUGAAGUGUUUAAGCAGGUGGACAGCAAGCUGCCCUGCAGGCCUCCGUCAUACACGCAGGCGUUGAGGAACAUGAGUCCUCCUCCGCAGUAUGGAUCAAUGACUGUACACGAUGCCAUAAAGCUGGAGAGAAGGUCCCGUCCAUCCUCCGUAAAUUAUGACUUCCCACCUACCUGUUCAGUCAAUCAGUACAUAGACUGUUUAGCUCAAGCAGCACAGGACAAAGCCAACGUCGUCGAGCAGCGGCAGGCUUUCCGCCAGAGAGCUAUGUCCGAGUCUGUAGGUCAUCGUGAGGUUGUGUCACGGAGAUGUAGCCAGCCUGUGUUUGAGGAUAUUUCUUACGCCAAGGAGUCUUAUGUUUGAUUGACUUUAGAACUGUUUCACAGAUCAGAUUUUAAAUAUACAAACAUGUUUUUGAGUUUAAUACCGUGGGCAAAGCCUAAGAACCAGUUUUUAAACCGCCAGUUAGAAACCCGACAAGCUUCUUUUAUUUUCAUUCAUUCAGAGACACAGUCACGUUUUCUUUUAAUCGCAAGGCUUCAUAGUAGCAGCUACUCCUUCCCCUUUGAAGCUGUGUUUUUGAGGCUGUGCCCACUGAGUAGCUCUGUGAGACAGAAAUGCUUGUAUAUGUACAUGAAAUCCAGUCUGUUAAUUUUUCACUGUUUCACUUUGAAUGAAUGCCAGCUAUGUGCCGCCUCUACAGUUGCACUUUCUCAGUAGUACUAUUUAGAGUACACCAUUUAAAAGAUAUGUAGUUAUGAGAGAUAUCUAUCACAAUGAAGCUAUGAAAACACAGUUCACUGUGGAUAAAAUAUGCUAAGACUUUCGAUUUUCUAUGUUUGGU